GCUCCGAAAUGCGACCGAACGAGGAUCCGACAUUUAAGCCAGGCCGUCGCCAAGCCUCAACGUGGAAGGGUUUUCCCGCUUCUUCAGACUUCGUUGUUGAACCUAAGCUCUACGCGCCAAGCCACUAUCAGUGCAAGAAGGAGGCGCGGCCCUCUUAUCCCGCACCCACUCGGUCGCCGCCAGUCAGCACCACAUCGUUGCAUCGUUCGAUUGGUUUUCGCACACAAUGCCUAGUCCGACGCACAACAGCGCUCACACGGAGACGAACAUAUCGAUCGAGUUCGGAGGUGUUGCUCCACAGAGUCAAGGUCAAACGCUUGCUAUGCCGCGCGAGUCCACCGAGCAACGCAUUGGAUCUAGCUCCGCGGCCCCCCUCACGACUGCCAAUGGCGAGAAGGACAAGGAGGAAGCAGCCGGGGAGGUGAAGGAGGCUGAGGAUGAGAGCAAGUACCCCGGCCCUGCUGCCAUGGCGGUUGUCAUGGUGGCUCUGUCGUUUGCCAUGUUCCUGGUUUCCCUGGACCGAACCAUCGUCUCGACGGCCGUCCCGGUCAUUACCGAUGAAUUCCACUCGUCGGACGACAUUGGGUGGUACGCGAGCGCGUACCAGCUCACGGCCUGCGCCCUGCAGCUACCCCUUGGUCGCUUCUACAGGUUCUACCCGCCAAGAUGGGUCUACAUGGCGCUCGUGCUCAUCUUCGUGGUCGGGUCCGCCAUUGGCGCGGGCGCCAUGAACUCCACCACCAUCAUCGUCGGCCGCGCCGUCCAGGGCCUCGGCCUCGGGGGGGUCCUGACCGGCUCUAUCAUUCUGGUCACCGAGAACGCCCCGCUCCGGAAGCGCCCCAUCUUCUUCGGCGUCCUGAUGGCCUGCAUGAACAUCGGCGCCAUCAUCGGACCGCUGAUUGGCGGCGCCCUGACGAGCAAUGCGAGCUGGCGGUGGUGUUUCCUCGUCAACAUACCCAUCGGCCUGGCCGUCAUCGUCAUCCUCUUCUUCUUCGUCAAGUCGACCCCGAGCAAGGACCACGACAGGCCCUGGGCCGAUAAGCUCAAGCACCUCGACCCCCUGGGCGCCGCCCUCAUCCUCCCGUGCGUCGUCUGCCUCGUCUUGGCCCUGCAAUGGGCCGGGUCAGCCUACAGCUGGGACAGCUGGCGCAUCAUCCUCCUGUGGGUCCUCGGCGGCCUGCUUGCCGUCGCCUUCGCCGUCGCGCAGAUAACCAGGCCCGAGGUGGCCACCAUCCCCCCGCGCGUGGCCGCCCAGCGGACCGUCGCGGCCUCGUUCUGGUACCAGACCCUGACGGGCGGAGUCAUGAUGGUCGUCACCUACUGGCUGCCCGUCUGGUUCCAGGCCAUCCAGGGCGUCAGCCCCGUCGAGUCGGGGACCAGGACCAUCGCCAUGGUCCUGUCGCAGGCCCUCGGGUCCAUCAUGGGCGGCGGGCUCGCCCAGCUGAUCGGCUUCCCCUCCCCGGUCAUGAUGGCGGGCAGCACCUUAGCCGCCGUAGGCUCCGGCAUGCUGACGACCUUGUCGGUCCGCGAGCCGUCGGCCCACUGGAUCGGCUACCAGAUCCUCGUCGGCCUCGGGCUCGGCUUCGGGACGCAGCAGGCCUCGCUCGCCGUGCAGACCGUCCUGGCGGACGAGGACAUACCGUCCGGCAUCUCCCUCAUCUUCUUCGGCAUGCAGCUCGGCGGUUCCGUCUUCGUCUGCAUCGCCCAGAACCUCUUCAACCAGCGCUUCGUCCGCCUCCUGACGCGUGCCGCCAUCCCCGCUGUCGACGACCCUUCUGCCCUCCUCUCGGCGUCGGGGGCCACGCGCAUCACGGACGUGGUCGAGAACGAGGCGGACCGCGCGAGGCUGCUCGACGUCUACAAUGAGGCCCUGACCUCGACUUUCUACGUGUCGGUCGCGGCCGCAGGGGCUGCAUUUAUCGGGGCGUCCUUGGUGCAGUGGAAAUCUGUCAGGGGAUACAAACCCCGGAUGCAUUAAGGAAGGGAGAGUGUGAGUGUGUGAGUGUGAAGUGAGACAAUGUGAAGUGAGACAAUGUGAAGUGAGACAAGUUGGCGACUCUCUCGUCCGAUGGAGCAGGCCGGGCCCUUCGAACUGCUCCCAAAGUUGCUUCAGCACGCUGCACCAAACUGGUGCUAUGAGGUUGUU